AUUGAAUUGUUUGAAGGUACCCGACUCUUGUUUCUCUCUGUUGUGUACAUCAGCGUGUUAAGGUAUUGGGCUCAUUUCUCUUGCCAUGGCCGAAGAGAACAUAGGAAACGCGCCUAUUCUAGAAGCCAAACAGAGUCUCCCACCUACGAAAACAAAUUGGCCAGAACUCAUGGGGAUGAAAGCUGAAGAUGUGGAAAAGAAGAUAAAGGAAGAAAUGCCGAGGGCUACAGUCCAUGUGAUUCCUCAGGAUAGUUUUGUUACAAUGGAUUUUGUGUCGAGUCGAGUUAGGUUGUUCAUUGACUCGUCUCAAAAUGUUGUCAAGGCACCAAGAAUUGGCUAGAUCUGAUGGUUGACCAUGUUGCAUCGAGAUCAAUCCAGUCAUAUGUAUGAUAUAAAUAUACAUAUACACGUUGAGU